CUAGAUUAGAAUCCACUGACUUAUCAUGUGUCCACGGGAUUUAAUGCUAUACCUAUUAGCAAAAGGAAAGAAGGAUGAAAAAUGUUCCUGGUAUUUAUUAGUGUAUCCCUUUUAUUCUUAAAUGUUCUUAUUAAUCUAUAAGGAUAUUAAUCAUUGGCAAUAAUUUUAGACUGCUCGGUUGGUAGAUUGGCUUCCAUUUUACAUUGUGAUAAAUUUAAGUCUUUUCUACUCACAAGUGCAAAGUGAAAUGCCUUGUUGAUGCGAGUUACUUCAUUAAUAUGUAUGAUGUUCUUGACAGACUUGCAUAUAUCCAUAUAUUUGCAUCAUUAGCUGGAUCUCCGGUGAGCUGUUGGUCUUUAUCAGCUUCGUUUUAGGAGAAGAUCCUAAGCUUCUUCUCCGUUCUUCUUCUUCUCUGACCAUGUUGCAGUUGAAGUGAUGAUUCUCGUUUCAAAAUUGUAGAGGCCCCUCCUUCGAGCGCCACAUGUCGAGAGUUAUAGAGUUCCCUACAUAUAUUAGUCCUUUACAUUGUAAAUAUUCCAACCCUUGGGUUAGUCUUUCUUUCUACUAUCUAUAGGUCUCUAAUUUGGGAAGGAUUUCUUGGGCUUUUCUCCUCUCAGUGGGCUGAGGCCCAACAGUCAACCUAAUUUUCUUAUAAGAAUCAGGUGUGGUAAAAAAUGAGCUAGAGCAAGUAGCAGAAUUGUAAUCCUUGUAAGCAUAGUGUGUUACAGAGUGUGCUACUUCACACCAAAUUUAUGAUAUCGUGCUAUGAAGCAUUUUUUUUUACGCGUAAUAGGUACCCCAUAUUGAGAAGAGAGUUAUCAGAGUGGCCGAGCUUGGAUUUAAAAUCCGUGGUUCCCUAGUUCAGCUGAGAAAUUUCUCUCAAAGACUUUGUCAACCCUGCACACAUCAGCUGUAAAGACUCAAUCAGAUUCUUAGUCAGCUCCAGAAAAUUCAAGCAAGAUGAAACUAUUGGGGUGCCAGACUCUGAAAGAGGUUAUUAAACAAGUUUUUAGAUUCAAGAAAAAGUGAUAAGAUUCCUCUUCACCUAUUUUUGUAUCAUAUAUAAGGAUGACAAAAUUUAGGACUACUUAUGUGGGGUCUUUUGGCACGGGACUAGAUGAAUCUCCUCUAAGGAUUAUCUAUUUAAUGUAGGCGUGCUCUUUUGUAAGAUCAUUAGGACAGUAGUGUAGAUUCUCUGGUGAGAUUUUGUAUGCAGGUAGAUUGCUUCAAAAUCAACUUUUGGUUGCAUAUCUAUAAAUAGAUAUGUUCUGCAUCCAAAAACGCUGGCUUUUUACAUGCACUGCCCUUCUUCAGCCUCUGAAUUACAGUUAUGUGCCACUGCCACCUUUUCCAGUUUUUUCACCUUUUCUUUAACCUGUUCAGCCGGCCACAUUGUGUGCUGGCGCCUGCUUUUUGUUUUUCAAAUAUCUGCACUCCAAGCUUAUCGCUGAAGAUAUCAGUUUCCCCCCAAAACUUUUUCUCCCUCUUUCAUCUGCAGGAACUCUCUAUUUAUCCACACCAAAUCUCUUCAUUGGAUAGCUUCCGAUUGAAUGGAUCAGGUUUUUUUCUUACACAGAUUCUUCAUAUGUAAUCCACAUGUAUUCUAUGAACUGAUUAUGUCCAUGCCUCCUAUUUUUUUUCCUCUGCUGACUCCACGGCCAAAGAAAUCUUUUAGUGUGGAUCGUUAUUUGCUUGAUCGCAGCCGGGAAAAAUUCUCCUCUCUUUCUUCUGUGUUGCCGUCCGAUAGAUCGUUUAAUGGAUCAUCAAGUAAAGUUGUUCCUGUUUUAAAAGUUGACCGCACUGGUCUUGCUGGUGGUUGUGGUCACUAUACCGAUGUCAGUAGACCUCCUAGGACUCCUCUUUCUCAUAUAUCAAACUAUUCGUGUUUGUCAAGAGAACAGGAGUACUUGGGUGGUUCUCGGCUUAAAGCUACUUUGCAGGCACCUAAUGUCGUCACUGAUGAGAAUGGUCAGUUUCGCUCGAAAGUACGUCGUUGUAACAAGGAUCGUCGUGCUUUGCGCCCUCUUACUAUUAACCUUGAAAAUGUGGUUGAUUUUGAUGAUGAUGUUCCUCUUAGUGACAUAUUGUCUGGGCUCAGAACAGAUAGGGUUAGGUUGAAAACCCUGAAACGGAAAGGGACUUUUGUUGUUGAUGAAAUCAAGAAGAAGCUGAAUUUUGGUCCUGCUAUUUCUGAGCUGCCACCUCAUAAUGUUGUUGGAUAUGAAGACAUUGAGAAUUCGACAAUACUAGGUCAUGAUUAUAAUGAUGAAUUUUUUUUUAGUGAUGAUGAAUCUGAUGACGAAUAUUCUCAACAUUGUCAAGAUCUGAAAUCCCGUUACGAUAAGAACUUUGCACAAGUUCCAAAGUCUUAUGCGUCCCUGGGUCCUCCAACAGCUCGAUGUCAGAAAUGUCAUGCUGUAAUGUGGAAGGAGGAGCGUGUCAACAAGAACUCAAUCCAUGGGAUUCCAAAAUUCAAUUUAUGUUGUGGUGAUGGAAAGAUAAAACUCGAACCAUGUCCCAAAACACCAUCCUACUUGUGGCAGCUGUACAAUGAUCCCAAGAAAGGACCUAUCUUCCAGCAAUGUUCUAGGGUUUACAAUAGCAUGUUUGCUUUCACGUCAACUGGUGGUUAUGUUGACAAUUCGAUUAAUAACGGACAAUCUCCGUAUGUUUAUCGAUUGAAUGGCCAGAACCACCACCUUUUCGGUUCCUUGGUACCUCAAGAUGGGAAGCCUCCUAAAUUCUGUCAACUAUACAUUUAUGAUACUAUUAAUGAAGUCUCGAACCGCAUGCGUUGGGUCGAUGUUGGUGAAUCCAGCAAGAUUUCAGAGGAAAUUGUAGCUGGAUUGGUUGCUAUGUUGGAUGAGACUAAUUGUUUGGUGAAGGAGUUUCGUACGGCUCGCGAGCGGUACGAUGAUACGGAAAUUGUAGACCUGCAUAUUUUCCUAAAGCUUUGUCGUUCUGCAAGUGGUCGUGAGAACAACAUUGGUCCCUCGAAUGAACUGGCUGGCAUAAUGGUUGGUAAUGAAGAAGAAAUAGAGGAGAAUCGUGAUUUUGUAGUUGAUCAUAAAAUAUCCGAUCUUGGGCGCAUUACUAAUAUUCACCCCAAACUAAUGUCCCUGCAGUAUCCUAUACUUUUUCCUGCUGGAGAAGAUGGUUUUCAUAAGGAUAUGUGCUAUGAGAAUAUACCUGGUUCUAGGUCUCGGAAGCGGCAUAAAUUAACUCUUAUGGAUUACUACCGUUAUCGUCUACAAGUCUGUCUCAAUGAAGGCAUGACUCCUCGACUAGGUGGUCGUUUGUUUCAGCAGUAUAUUGUUGAUUCAUUCUCUAUUGUUGAGCAAGCACGUCUCUGGUGGUUUAGGACUCAUCAGACAACUCUGCGCAAUGACCUUUAUAGUCACAUUUGUGAUUCUAUAAGGGCUGGUGAUAGUGAUGCAUCAAAGAUUGGUAAGAGUUUUAUACUUCCUGCUGGUUAUGUUGGUUCGACAAGAUACAUGCAACAAAACUUUCAGGAUGCGCUUGUUGUUUGUCGCCAUAUUGGUCAUCCAGAUAUAUUUCUGACCAUGACAACAAAUCCCAUGUGGCCUGAAAUUCUUGAAAUGAUGAAACUGAUACCUUUUGGGACUCCAGUUGAUAAUCCUGAUAUAGUUGCUCGUGUGUUCAAGUUGAAACUAUCUCAGCUCUUAGAUGAUAUAAAGAAGAACAAAAUCUUUGGCGAGUGUACAUCAGUGAUGUACGUAGUUGAAUUUCAAAAGCGUGGGCUUCCACAUGUGCAUAUGUUGAUCUGGCUUGAUGCUGCAUCCAAAAUCAAUCUUAAAUCUGAUGUUGACAAAUAUGUCAGUGCUGAGCUGCCUGAUCCCCUGAUUGAUCCAGAGGGCUACGCUGCUGUUAGGGAAUUUAUGAUUCAUGGUCCAUGUGGUCAUGAUUUUCCAAAAUCUCCAUGUAUGAGGAACUACAAGUGUUCUCGCCGUUUUCCAAAGAAGUAUUGUUCCAAGACAAAUUUUGAUGAAUCUGGAUAUCCUAUUUAUCAGAGGCGCAACACUGGGAUAACAGUAAAUGUGCGCAAAGCCACUUUAGACAACCAAUGGGUUGUUCCUUACAAUCGAUUCUUAUUGGUUAAAUACCAGUGCCACAUCAAUAUAGAGAUAUGUUGUCAUGCUCGCAGUGUUAAAUACUUAUUCAAGUACUGCUUGAAAGGCCCUGACAAUGCAACUGUUGAGAUUACUGGUCGUAAGAAAUUGUUGACCGGUUCUGAUUCUGAAGCUGUUGAUGAAAUUCAAGCUUUUUUUGAUGGUCGCUAUAUUUGUGGUGCUGAGGCAUCAUAUAGGACUUUUGGUUUUGACAUACAUCAUCGUUCAAUAUCAGUUGAGCGUCUACCAUACCAUCUACCAGGUCAAAAAAAUUGUGUUUUUAAACCUUCAGAAUCUUUAAAAAAUGUUGCUGGGAGGGAGAAAUAUAGGCUUUCUAAGUUGGAGGCUUUUUUUUACUUAACUCUACUGAUUGCACUGCUAACCAGUAUACAUAUGACCAGAUUCCUAUGCAGUAUGUGUGGAACGAUUCAGAUCAUAUAUGGUCUGUGCGUAAGAAAGGACAACAAAUAGGUCGUCUCACGUAUACUCACCAUGGUUCUGGUGAGAUAUGGUACCUACGACUAUUGUUGUCUCGUGUUCCUGGACCUAAAUCUUUUGAAUGCUUGAGGAUGGUUGAUGGUGUUCUUUAUUCAACAUUUCAGGAGGCAUGCAAACGCAGUGGCUUUCUUAAUGAUGAUGAUGAGUGGCAUGAGGUGUUGAAGGAGGCUUCAAAGUCUGGGUUUGCUCCCCAGAUACGGGAAUUGUUUGUUCAUGUUAUUGUGAACUGUCAAGUAUCUGACGUGAAGCAGCUGUGGGAAUUGAAUUUACAACAUAUGACUGAUGAUAUCGUAUUCAAUCAGCGCAAGCUUUCUGGGAAUCAUAAUCUCAUAUUAUUGGAGGACGAUAUUAUAAAUUAUGCCCUUGCUGGUAAUGCAUAUUU